AGCUUUGGCAAAGAGCAAGAUUCCUCUGUAAAAGCGGAGUGUUUGUUUCGUUAGCUGUCAUCCCACUCUUUAAUAUUUGACACACCUUUUUUGUAGCUACACUGGUACGUUAGCACACAAAAUCUGCGCCGUAUGUUGUACCUGUUGGAUUUGACGAAAAUACUGACGGUACAUGAAGCCAACGCCUCAUUCCGCGCUUUGUUUUUACGUUUAGUUACGUAGGAUUUCGGGGACUCGACUUGUCUUGAUCUGACUGCAGAUUCAAACUCAAAGGUCAAAACUUCCAUCCUGUUAUCUCGUUGUGUCUGAAAAUGCACCCAAGCUGAGGCUUAAACAAAGUCGCCGAUGACGACACUCAUCCCAUGUUCCUUCGCCGGCUGAGCUCUUUGAGCUCAUCUUUCCCACCCUGCAGUCUUCCUGCUCUUUCCCAGGCCCGCUUCAAGAGCAACACUGAUUCCUCUGCGUCCUCCUUCCUUCCCCAAUUCAUUCCCACCCCUCAUCCAUGGUGGUCGGUGCCAGGGUUUCCACCCUGGCCUUCUCGACUUCCCCACUCCCACCCGUCUGCCCUUGAAUCUUUCACUCACAGGGCAUUACACCCCCUGAACAUCAACCUUGGUGACUUUGGUGCUUGCCGCUCAUUCCACACCUCUGCAGACCACUUGAUGGAGUUCCCCGACAGAGACAGAGGGCCGCCCUACAAACGGAGGAAGAGUGGAGAGGAAAGAAAAGAACAAAAUAAAGAAAAGGAGGGACCCAGAGGAGGAGCAACAGAGGGUAAGGAGGGAGGGUCCAAGAGGGAGCACCAUCACCUAGAUUCCAGAAAAGAUGGCAGCCUUCGAUCUAGUCACCACUUCAACGAUGGAACUAAAGACAGAGUGAAGAAUAAUGUCGGGAAAGAUGUCAGAGGGGAAACCAGCAGAGAUAAAAAUGUGGAAAGGACUAAAAGUGAGACUAAAGACAGACAGCGAAGAGAGAGUGCAGACAGAGAUCAUCAUCAUUAUCAUCGUCAUCAUCAUCAUCAUCAGCAAGAAGGACAUAAAGAAUCACAGCCAGUGAUGCACAAACCCAACCAAUGGUUCAAAGGGAGGGGGUCUCAGGAGCUGGAUGGGCCUCACAGGGACACAAAAGGGACUUCAGAGCAGCAGAGGGAUGGAUGUAGUGAUGGAGGGCAGCCUCGCAGCACCACUUGCCCCUCAAACCUGGGGCAGGUACCUGGAGGAAACACGCAGCCCUCUCCACCAAGAAGGACUGUGAAAUCUCUUCAAAGACACUGGGAGUCCUGCAGCACUGACCUCCACCCACCAGGCGACAGUUCAGUCUUUGACUUCUCGGUGAUGUCCUACAACAUCCUCUCCCAGCAGCUCCUGGAGGACAAUGCCUACCUGUACCGACACUGUGACCCGGACGUCCUGCCUUGGGAAUACCGACUGCAUAACCUACUGGCAGAGAUCCAGCACCACAAUGCUGAUAUCCUGUGUCUUCAGGAAGUGCAGGAGGACCACUAUGAAAACCAGAUUAAGCCUGCUCUCCAGGCACUAGGUUAUCACUGUGAGUAUAAAAAGCGGACAGGAAAGAAACCAGACGGUUGUGCCGUUGUCUUCAAAACCUCCCGCUUCUCCCUCCUCUCCUCCAAUCCCGUCGAGUUUUUCCGGCCCGGCGACACCCUCCUCGACCGAGACAACGUGGGAUUGGUUGUGCUGUUGCGACCUGACAAGAGCUUCAGUCAUUUAAAUCCCUCCUCAUUCAUCUGUGUCGCCAACACCCACCUUCUCUACAACCCCCGGCGAGGUGACAUCAAACUGGCCCAGCUGGCAAUCUUAUUGGCUGAGAUCAACCGACUGUCCCGCCUCCCAAACGGGCAGGUUAACCCAGUGGUUUUAUGUGGGGAUUUUAACUCUGCUCCCUGGAGUCCACUGUACAGUUUCCUGACCACAGGCUGCCUGCAGUAUAGUGGAAUGCAGAUUGGCAUGGUGUCAGGUCAGGAAAACAGUCCCAGAGGUCAGCGUCUCCUCAUGUCUCCAAUCUGGUCUCCCAGCCUGGGAAUAACCCAUCAGUGCCAGUAUGAAAACAAACCUAGUGCUGAGACCUCGCCCACCAGCCCUACAGCUGUAGAGGGAGCGAUCUCUAAUCUCAGUGUGGAGGAUCUCGCUGCCAAAGCUGCUUAUGAAUUCAGCAGAGCGUGGAGGAUCGAGCACAGCCUGAAGCUGCAGUCGUCUUAUCAACAUCACCUGAUGCCUGACAGGAGACCUGAGAUCACCACCUGUCACUCCCGCACGGCCCUGACAGUGGAUUACAUCCUGUAUAGUCCCGAUUUCGUUCCACCUCCCUCACUUCCAGGUGGGCGGGGCCUCCAGCUGCUGGGCAGGCUGUCAUUGGUCGGCCAAGCGGAGCUCGAGGAAGUCAACGGCCUGCCUAACCAUCGGCACUCAUCGGACCAUCUCCCUCUCCUCGCUCGUUUCCGCAUUUGGUGCUGAAGCGCUGCAGGUCCACUGAGGAAAGUAGGAAUGUUCAAGGAAUCUGCAGUUUCUUCCCCACAUAAACAACAAAAACAGGAUGAACAUUAAAUGCUGGGGUGUUUAAUUCAGCAUGUGAUUUUAUUAUUAAAAGGGAAAACCCUUUUCAAGUCCUCUCCAAGAGUGGCUGCAAGUUAAAUUAAUGAUUUCAUACUGAUUGCUUCACGGAGUUACAACAAUAUUUAUUUUUCUCUAUUUUUUGUGAUUAAAAUAUUGAUACUAUUUCUACCCAUCUAUACUAUUAUUACUUUUCAUGUCUUGUUAUGGGAUGAAAAACAAACAGAAGGUAGAGGAGGAGCCUAAAUCCCCGUUGAACCACUUAAAUGAUACUUUGUGAUGUUUUCUCCAAAAAUGCCCCAUCUUUAAGUGGCAAAAUGUUUAAGUCUGCUUAUGAAAUGAGACCCACUUGCUAAAUGGCUUUGUGCAGAGGACUUUCACCUGAGAGAGUGGGGAUGCUUAUGUGGUGGGAGGAGCUUGAAGCGUAAGGAGAGGUAUCUUUCUAAAAUAACAUUUUUUUUUCUUAGUUUAAUUUAUUUUUUUUGUUCAUGC